AUGGUUCUCAUCCCUGACAUCUUUGAGUCAUUCAUGUCCCGGGAACCCACGCCAAAUAUUCAUUAUGACGAAGCUGGAGAAGAGUCAUUGCUUUGGACGAUCAAGACAUGUCGUUACAAUAAGAGUGAAGCAGAUCGGAUGCGUCGAGGUGACUUUGCGUAUUUUGCAGCUGUCACCGUACCAGAUGUUGAUAAAGAAGGUCUGAAAGUUGUGACAGACUGGCUCAACUGGGUCUUCGUAUUUGAUGAUCAACUUGACGAUGGCCCUCUUGGCGUUCUUGAACAUGACGCUCGAAAGUACAUCGACUGCACCUUGGCAAUGCUGGAAGAUGUGAAUGUGAAUCGAGAAGACGUUCAGCCAAUUCAAUGGGUACUGAGAGAUAUCUGGAACGGGGUUCAGAUGGUGAGAGCUGCGCUAUCGACAGAUUUCAUGGCUUACAGACUCAGGAUUCUCUCAGCAGCCUUGGUAAUGAUUGAGCUUCUGAUGUACAGCCAGCUGCUGACAAGUAAAGGUGUGAAGCGACGGUGGUUGAAACAUAUGAAGGAAUACCUGAGAGCGCUACGAAGCUCGAUUGGCUUCGCACCUAGUAUCGCCCUGGAUGAUACCAUUUCUGGAUAUUUUGAGUAUUGA